GACGGGAUGCAGUGAAAAUCGCAUCCCGUGCUGCUCCGCACACGCGAAUAAAAAUUGUAUAAUCAAAUUAGAAAAACAAAUUAUUGGUGCACUUGCGGGUUACCGAACCAAGUAUAAUUUGCAAUCUGCAAACCAAACCCUGUUGUGUAUUAUUGAAGUCUCGUUACAAUCCAAGUACAAAGCAACAUCGUUUUAGUUCUAGUCAAAAUAUAUAGUUUAUUUAUUUUGAAUGCAAGAAUACAAAAGACGAUGAUUGGAGUGAUAUCGUAUGGCAAUCGGAAGCGCAGCUCGAACUGUUUCAACGGUAAGCAUCGAUGGGUAUCGGAAGGACGCUCGAAUGGAGGAAAACGUUCGAGGAAGGCACGAAAUAGUCAAACCGGCAACCGACCGGCGACGGCUGCGGCCCCUAGCAGUAGUAGAGGUGUUUGCCACGAGAGAGCGCCCCUAGCUCUGGUAGACUGUGAUCGCACCCGGGUAGUAAAAUCAACUGUGGCAAAGCGAAGAAAGCAGCGCCACCAAAAGGCGGACCCGACAACCGUUAGACGUCUUCAUUUGGCAGUGACAGCAGCAGAAGGAGAGAGCUGCAAAAAACAAGACCAAGACCAAAAAAUAUCAUCAAGAUCGACAAGUUUGGCAAGUUUGUCGGCCGAUGGUGGUGGUGUUGAAGAAGCAGCAGCGGUUGCUAGUGGUGAAAUGUGCGAAAAUAAUCCCGUUCCGUCCGGUGGCGGAGGAUCGGGCAGGAAACGGGGUCACCAGCAUCAUCCGAGAUUCGGGGGCAACAGGAAAUCGAACGUUCCAGCGGAGGAAGUGAUUGCAGCCCUGAGAGGAGCCAUCGAUUGCGGUGGCAUCAAUGCUAGCGGAAUAAUAAUUGGCGGAGGAGGAAUCGGAACAGCAGGCAGUAUUAGUAGCAGCUCGUCGUCGUCGUCACUGGCCCUGCUCGGGAUCGGUGGCAACAAUAAUGGCAGCAGCGGGCUGGUAAACACAGACAAUGACGAGAAUGGCAAUCUUUGUCAGAAUGUCACCGAAGGGGACGGCAAACUGCAAUCGCCAAUGGCAAUCGACGAUGAGAAUGGCAGCGACGAUGAUGAUGUUGAUGAUCUUGUAAAUAAUAAUAGCUCCAUUGUUGUUGGCCAGGAUCUGAACCAGGAAGCAGUAGCGGCAGACCCUCACCCAGAUAGUAAAAGUAAAAGCAUACCACGGUUGGCUGAGAAUGACGAGCUUAUCGUCGAGGAACCAAAACAACAACGACAAAGCAAUAGUCUAGUAGUUAGUAGUGACCUAAACAAUAGCAGCGGCAGCAUACCCAAAAGCAAGCUAAUAGUGAUAGACUACGAGAAGGAGCAGCAGAAUCAUGAGGGAAGCAAAAGUCCGUCGGAAAUCAAGCUGGAGGAACCGUCCAGCGGUCAGGAGCUAGUCAAACAAAUUAACAAAAAGCUUAAGCGCAGUAAAAAGAGUCCGUCCUCGGAUGAUUCCUGCAGCACAGCGGCAACGACGACGAGCAGCCGGAAAAAGUCAUCCGGUAGCAGUAAAAAAUCUUCUAAAACCACCACCAACGCCGAUGGCAGCACGAAGCAGCGGAAAAAGGUUCGCUCCUCGACGGCGGCAUCGGGGGACAUCUCGAAGCUGGAACGGGCUUCCGGAGACGGUGCGGCCAACGAAGACGAUCACAUACCAACCGGGCUGGACGAGGCGGAUCCGGAUGCAGCCGAGUGGGCCAAACUGCGUUGCACCAGCGAGCGGACCGAGGUCAUCGCCGAGCGAGAACACCGGAGGCAGAAGCGGUGCGCCGACUACCCGGGACUGGCCUUCGGACGAUCCAUCUUCAGCUCCGACACCAUGAUGAAAUUCAACAUCAUCCGGAACGAACUGCAUAACAUCAUGAAAACACAGUUGAAACGGGCCGAAUCCGAAGUCGCUGCCCUGAACCGUCGUAUUCAGCUGUUGGAGGAAGAUCUGGAACGUUCGGAAGAACGUCUGGCUUCCGCCACCGCUAAACUGUCAGAGGCUUCGGCGGCUGCUGAUGAGAGCGAACGGAUCAGAAAAGCGCUCGAAAACCGUACAAAUAUGGAAGACGAUAGAAUAGCGAUACUGGAAGCUCAGCUAUCCCAGGCCAAACUAAUAGCAGAAGAAGCCGACAAAAAAUACGAAGAGGUGGCUCGGAAAUUGGUCCUCAUGGAACAGGAUCUGGAACGGUCCGAGGAGAAGGUCGAAAUGAACGAAAGCAAGAUUGUCGAGCUUGAGGAAGAACUGCGAGUUGUCGGCAACAACCUGAAGUCCCUGGAAGUCUCGGAAGAGAAGGCCAACCAACGCGAGGAGGAGUACAAGAACCAAAUCAAGACUCUGACCACCCGUCUAAAGGAGGCUGAAGCUCGUGCUGAAUUCGCUGAACGUUCCGUUCAGAAGUUGCAGAAGGAAGUCGACAGACUCGAAGACGAACUUAUGAACGAGCGCUCCAAGAACAAAAUGCUCCAGGAAGAGAUGGAAGCGACGCUGCACGAUAUUCAGAACAUGUAAAACAGUAGAGAGAAAAGUAACAACCAUCCCCACCCGAAUCAUCGCCUCAUCGUCACCGUCAGUUUCAGUUUCGUCGAAGAAAGAGAGAGAGCACGACGACGACGACGAAACACACGCAGAGCAAGGGAGAACACAAAAAAGCAUAUAUUUAAAGAGAGCGGAGAGAAAGAGCCAUCGGUUGCUCUCGGUUAUCGUCAUGGCAACACAACUACAACAACAUUUUACACCUAUAGAUGAGAGAAACUAGUAGGGAGCGAACAAAAACAAAACAAAAAAAAACAAGUAAACGCUGAGCUGAGCUGUUGUUUUCUUCUUCCGAAGAAAAUUUAAAACAAAAGAAAAAUCAAUGUAUUUCGCUUCUUGCAAAAGGAAGCCGACGUUAAGCGUUGGAAAUUAGAGAAAACAAAACAAUAAUAACAGAUGGACCCAACUAGUCCUCGGGUGCCGUUCGAGACACACACACAAACACGGACAGAAUAAGUUUCUAAAGUUUAGUUUUUUUUUAUAUUUUCAUAAAUAAGUAACAGGAACUUGUCUUUUGCUCCACGCUGUAUAGGACACAUGAAAUCGCAUAAAUUGUUUUUAAAAAAGUUUAUUGUUUUUAGACGUUAGGCGUAAAGGCUAAGAACACUUUUACACACACAAACAAACAAUGACACGAAUUCAUACACGGGAAGUAAACACAAACACAGACAACAACAACAACUACUCGCUAGCGAUAGCAUAGGAACUAUUGAUUUAUACCCCUAGGUAUUAGCGCGUAAAUCGGUCGAACACAGAGAAAGACAUUUAUACAACUACUACUAUUACUGCUAUUCCAAUUGUACAUUCACGAAUUGUGCAUUCCGUUGACUUUUAAUAAUAUAAUUAAAGUUAAAUUUUCCGCGUUAUUUUUUCUCGUUUUGUUAAGCAACACCCUUGAGAGACAGCAUUUUCCAAAACUACUAGUAGGUUUAUAAUACGAUUGUUACUGCCCCAAAUAUUGCGAUAAAGAUUAUUGAAUUUUUAUCCGUGUUUAUUCCGUUAGCUCGUAAAAAAAACAAUAACAAAAGCAAACAUCAUACAAACACGAUUUGUUAUCGAUCGAUCAUUCCCGAGAACUACUAUUUUUAAAAGCGUCUUCCGACCAAGAGUAACUACUGAAUAUGAUAUGAUGCAUUUACUCGUAACAAGUUGAUUCCAGUUUAGAAACUUGGUAGGUGUCCAGCUACCCAAAACGUCAGUUUUAGUAGGUUUUUCAUCGUGCCGAAUUUAUUCUUUUUUUCUGGCAACACUGCGAAAGCGCCACCCCCGUGUUGCUGUCUAAUUUUGUUUUGUUUUCUUCAACAUUUCUUUGCAAUAUUUUUCUUUCAACUUCCACAAACACAGAAAAUAUUGUCAAUACUGUCCCAUAACUUAUCGAGAUCAAAUGGUUUUCCUCAAGUUUUGUUUUAAAGUAGUUUAAGCCUCGAAAUAAAACGGACAUAGACUUGGAAGGUUUUCCUUUUUCGUGUAAGGUUUCGUUUUUCUUUUCCCUUUUUUCGUGUUUACCCGGAAGGGGAAGGAAAAACGGAUCGAAUUAGAGCAUAAAAUCUUUAGUGCCUUUUGAGACGUAAACAAAAAAAAAAAGAAACAAAACCGGUUCGCAUUUUUUUCUUUGCUGGAAAACACACAAAUCAAGCAUUUGAUAAGAUCAUUAUUAGGUGGCAUAGCCAUUCGCAGAAAGAGAUAAUUUACAUAUAUCAUCGGUGUGUGAGUGUCAUUCGAAAAAAGAAAAAGGGUAAACACUACACCUAGAGCCGGAAGGAAUAAAAGAGAAAAAAACACAUUCACAAACACACAGAUACACACACGUUUAACUUAAUUUAAGCGCCCGUAGAGUUUAAUGGAACCGUGUACAUUUGAUUUCCACAAAAUGCAAAAGUAAAGACAACAACUACUACACGCAUUCGCAGAUUCAUUCCUCACUGUUUUCGCAGGUUUUUAAUGUUUUAUUAGGUAGCUUUUGGCAUGAUUUUCGGACAACAACUAUUGUUGAGUGAGAGAGCGAGAGAAUUUAGGCUAGAGCAGAUAAACUAUAAUCAAAUAAAAGUGAAACAAAACAAAAAUCAAUAAUGUAAACACACAAACAAUGUACACAUCAAAACUCCACCUUCAUUCACUGUAUUUUAUAUUUCGAAAAAAAAAAUCAUAAUAGUAUCGGACUCUGCCAAUAUACAGAAAUCAAGAGCAACAACAGAAUGAUAUCUUAUUUGAGUGUUUAUAAUAAUAAUAUUAAUAAUAAUAUAUUAUUUUAUUUAAAAACCGA